GCAUUACUACACACACUUCAGCAGGAAAUCAGAGAUGUGGGAGUAAAUGCUGUUGCAGCAGCCGAUCCCUCACGCUCGCUGUGUUCAUUAACCAGAACCACAGACCACCACACACAAAGGCCUGUUAUGUAACGCAGCAUUCCUCUGCCUGCAGAAGACCAAUCAACGGCAGUCUUCAAGUGUCUGGCCGGAGCUCAUGUGACCCAGAGUGUUGGGUUACACACAGCACAAUCAAGACAAUCUCAGCUCUGCCUGUGUGAUGCCAACACUGAGCGGACGGCACCGAUAACAGGAACCAAAGAGCCCAUAGCUGAAGUGCAGACACACUGCGGUCACACACACUCUCCGCUGAGCGGCUCUGCCCUGUGUGUCAGUACACACGUCUGCAUGUGCUCACUCCAGAAGCUGAAGCACACUAGCUUAUACUAGAGGAGAAGUACAGCCACAUGUAUAUCCUCUGAGGAUGUUUGCGUUCACAUGGAGACAGUUUGAGACGUCUUUAACACAUCUUGAUGUUGAUCUCCAUCUGCGACUCACGUGAGAGCGCUCCUGAUCUCAGUGCUGUCUCAGAGAAACACCUUCAGGCGUCUCAGAGUGCAUUUGAGCUCUUCUUUCCUGCAGACGUGUGCAGUGUUUCCUAACUGUGUUUAACUUCAUGAGUGUGUGUGUGUGUGUGUGUGUGUGUGUGUGUUUAGUUUGAUGACAGCUUUAUGACCACACUCCUGUCUGAGCAGAGUUUGUGUUUAAUCUCUCAUUCAGAGUUUUGUCAGUGUUUGUGUGUGUGUGUGUGUGUGUGUGUGUGUGUGUGUGUGUGUGUGUGUGUGUGUGUGUGUGUGUGUGUGUGUAAAGGCAUCUGCUGGUAUUGUUCCUGGCUCUCCCAUCCCCCAUCCUCAGGAGUGUGUGUGUGUGUGUGAGUGUGUGAGCGGGACAGAGGGAGGGAGGCUCUUGGGAACAGCGCAGAGGGAGGAUCAGCACACUGCCGGUCGUCUUUCUCUGGGUUUGAGCUGAGCAGCGUCUGGAAUGACGGAUGAGGAACCACGAGCUGCGAGACCAGUCUGAGUUCUGCAGAACUUCUACACACUCCAGCAUGAGGAUGUGAAGACUUUUCAGCACACACACACACACACACUCACUCAGAGGAGCACGCUGAAGAUGGAGGACGGGUAUGAGCUUGACCUCACCUAUGUGACGGAGCGCAUCAUCGCCGUCUCCUUCCCUCAGGACUGCUUCGAGGAGACGUACCUGCGCAACCUGAGGGACGUCACACGCAUGCUGAAGUCCAAACACGCCGACAACUACCUGAUCAUCAACCUGUCCGAGAGGAAGCAGGAGCUCACCAGGAUGAACCCCAAG